UCUUCCAUUUUUAGCUACACACACCCCUCUCUACCAAUUUAAACCAAAACCAAACGGAAAAGGAAACAACGUUAAAAGAUAUAAGGAAAAGAAACACUUACCUUUUUUUUUUUUUUUUCUGUGUCAGUUCAUAUCGGUUACGCAAGAGCUCUAAAUAUAGGCAAAGAAAACGGGAAUGAGGGUUUCUCUGCUUUCAGGUUUACACACACCAUCGUGAAGUUUUAAGAAGAACAAGAGAAGAAAACCAAAAAAAUGGCGUCGUCCCAAGUUGAAAUCGCUUCUUCUUCUCCCUUUGGUUGUGUUCUGAGGGACCGUAAUCACCGUGAUGGAUGCAGGGAAAGCAACGUUAAAGCCACGCAUGCCGCUUUACAAAGAAACAUCAAGAACUUCGUCAUGGACCAUAUCAACACGUGCAUGUCCAUGUCUUCUGAUUCUGCAACAAACGAGAACAGCAACCAGAAUCAGAUGAACAACGAUGGUUCUUGGGUUUCAAAGGCUGCCAAGAACAACAACCACCACCUUGAGAGGCUUCGUUUCGCAAGAAACAAUGACGACAACAACAACAACAAAGAUGAAUCUUCGUUGGCUUCAUUGAUCAGUCCAAGACACUCGCGGCUUCUUGAUCGAUGGUCUGCAAGACAAGCUCGAGAGAUGGUGUCACCAUUGGAGAAUGAGCCUGAGUUGUUAGCCAUUGACAACAACAACAACAACAUGAUGUUUGCAAGGACAAGUAGUUUUACCUCUGAUGAAUGCUCAUCAGAAAUCUCAAAUCUUGGUGCUUCUUCCCUUGUUCAGAUAUGGGAAAAGAGGCUUAACAUCAACCAAUCCAAUGGCUCCAAACCAAACACCCCAGUCUCUAAUGUUGAAGAGCAAUGCAGAGGAUCAGAAGCUGUGGAAUGUUUCGAUGGACCUUCAGGGAAUGAAGAAUCAUUCCCUGAUUGGGAAUCAGGACAGAGUGAUCAUUCGGUUUCGCCAAGAGGGAGGUGGUCUUCUUCAGAGAGUGAUAGGGUAAGCGUUGCAGAUAUCAUAAAGAAGCUCACUGCUACAAAUCAAGCUCUGAGUCCACCACCAUGCUUUGGUGAUGAUAAUGAACAUGAAGGGUCUGGUAGCAGCGUCACAGGUUCUCCUUGUAGAGACCGUGACUGUGGUGGUUUCACACCAGAACAUUUAGAGCAAAGAGCUUUUCCUCAGGUUACUUGUUACCCAAGAAUUAGAGGGCGCCGUGCAUUCAAUGAUUUGCUUAUGCAGUUGCAGCGAGAUCGCCAUGGUGAGCUCAAGAACCUGGAAGAGCGUAGAGCAGUUUCCAAGUUCUCACAAAGAGGUCGCAUUCAGUCUUUGCUUCGGCUUAGAUUAUUACAACGUGGCGUGGCAGCUAAUGAUCAAUCCCGCCAAAAGUCAACAGCAUCUGAAGUGAACAGACAACCACAGGGAUCUGCAAUUAUGCAACUAAGGACAAGAUUUAGCACUGGAGUUGAACCUAGAACUACAGUCCAGGCAGAAGCAUCUGACCCAAGAAGUCCUCAUAAGGAGAAAGUAAACAACAGCACCAAAAUGGAUAACUCUCCCACUGCUAAUCAACUCAGCAAAGACACAAGCAGCCAAACUGCUCAAGGCACUGCUAAUCACACUACAGAAUCCACACAAAAGUCAGUAUCUCAGACUAGUGUGGAUCAUAAAAGAGAAGAGGCUCAUCUAAAUUCAAAUGCCACGUUCCAAGAAACAUGUUUUAAGGCUCAACAUGAUAACUCGCAAGAAACAGCUGAGGCAACAACAACCCUGACUGAUUCAAAUCUAAAUGAGAUGGCAGAUAAGGUAGAGACGAGCAACCAACAGUAUGCUAUGGCUGAAAGAAGUUAUGAUGGGACAAUAGAAGAGGAAGAGGAAAGUAACCAGCAUUAUGCUGAAACUAGUAACUAUGCUGAAAGCAAUUAUGAUGAGAUAGAGGUCAUUGACCAGAAUUAUGAUCAUACUAGUUAUGACUGGAUCAGUGAAAUUUCUCGUCCUAGGAGCUAUUGGGAAGAGCGCAGACAAGCAUGGUAUAGAGAGAUGCAAGACACUGGUUCUCAAAAAGAGGAUAUACGGAAGCUUCUUGAAAGAAGAACAGUGUCAACUUUCCUUUCUAGUGACUUCCGGGAAACAAUGGAUAGAUUGAUGGAAACUCAUAGGGGAACACAAACACAUUUAGUCAGCGAUCAAGACGAUGAUGAAGACAACCAAGGGUUGAUAGCAUUUUUACAAGAACACUUGCAUUCUAGAAGCACUCCUCAAGAAGAUGGAAGAGAGAAAGGAGAAGAGUUAGAGGGAGAAGAGGAAGAGGAGGAGAGGAGAAAUGAGGAGGAAGAAGAAGAAGAAGAAGAAGAAGAAGAGAAGGUAGAGGAGCAGGAGAGGGAGAGCUUGAUAAGUGGUUCAUAUCAUGAAGUUGGUGAUUAUUCUAAUCAAUCAUUAUAUCACGAAGUUGGUGAUUAUUCUAAUCAAUCCUCAUCAUGGAGUUACAGAGGCAUUGAAGCCCGUGAUGAUUUUGAUAGAGCUCCAUCUACAUCCCCACAACCUUAUCAAUCUCAGUCUUUAUAUCAUCAGGAUAGCAGGCGAUACUCUUCUUCCACCAAUCAUCAUUCAAUUGAAAUGGAACUCAUAUAUGAUUUGAGAGGGCAUAUGGAUCAACUUUAUCAUGAGAUGUCUGAGCUAAGGAAAUCAAUAAAGAGCUGCAUCGAUAUGCAGAUGCAAUUACAACAAUCCACGAACCAAGAGGCUCCGAAGAAAGGCAACUGCUGCAUUUGCUAUGAGAUGAAAGUAGACACAGUUUUAUACAGGUGUGGACACAUGUGUGCGUGUCUCAAGUGUGCCAAUGAGUUGCAAUGGAAUAGUGGGAAAUGUCCAAUAUGUCGAGCUAAAAUAGUAGAUGUUGUUCGAGUAUAUGUUGAUGGUUAGCCUGUCUUGGUAGACAGAAUCUUACUCCUAAGGACUAUCCUUAGUCCUGUUUAGUGAACUGCUAAGACAACAAUUUAACAUUGUACAUGAAUUUCUCCUUUUCACAUAUACUUUUCAAGUAUAUGAUUUUUUUAGGAGAAAUUCGUUGAACAAUUAUUGUA